AUGUGGAAGAGUGCACCUGAGUUUAAAAACAAACUGAUCCAUAGCUGGAGCAUAAGUAAUAAUGGGACACCUAUGUACAAGUUGCUCUCAAAGCUGAAACAAGUUAAAUUGGUUCUCAAAGAGCUCAAUAAAGAGGGGUUUAAUGAUAUACAUGUGGCAAAGUUACAAAAGAGGAAAUCUUUAACAGAUUGUCAAAUGGAACUUCAACAGGACCCUUUAAACAGUGAGUUGAUUCAGAAGGAGAAAAAUGCAAGAGAUCAGUUUGUAAUUACCCACAAAGCAUAUUGCUCUUUCCUCCACCAAAAGGCGCGAUUGACUUGGCUGAAAGAUGGUGAUGAAAAUUCAGCUUUUUUCCAUGCAAGUAUUCGAGCACGGAAUGCGCAAAAAAAAAUUUAUUCAAUCACAGAUGAGAAUGGCAUAUGGCAUGAUCAGCCAGAUAAGGUAACGAAUGCUUUUUUGAAGUUUUACACUAAUCUGUUGGGCUCUAAAAUGGCAGACCGAAAACAUGUAAUUAAAGGAGUAGUUGAAGAAGGGGUUCUAGUCUCUACAGAGCAAGCUGAUAUGUUAAUGGCUGAAUACACAGUUGAUGAGGACAAUUGGGAAAUUGUUGGUAAAGAGGUGAGUGAUGCCAUUCUAUCUUUCUUGCAUUCGGGUAAGAUUUUGAAAGAGCUUAAUUCUACAAUACUUACUCUUAUCCCUAAGAGUAAAUGUCCGAGUGGUGUGAGUGAUUACAGACCAAUUGCUUGCUGUAACGUGAUUUAUAAGGCAGCAACUAAAAUGAUCUGUUCGAGGCUGAGAUUAAUUCUACCUGAUUUGAUUGCUCAAAAUCAAGGAGGCUUUGUUCAGGGACGAUUCAUAGCUCAUAACAUUAUGGUGUGUCAAAAUCUAGUCAGACAUUAUGGAAGGAAGAAUGCAAAGCCUAAUUGUAUGCUCAAACUUGAUCUUCGGAAAGCUUAUGACACAUUGGAGUGGGGUUUUUUGGAGGAAAUGCUGGAAGCCUAUAGAUUUCCGAGGAAAUUUAUACAUCUAGUAAUGUAA